AUGGAUAAUUUUCCACCUCCAAUUAUUUCGUCUUCCGAUGAUAACGAUUCCGAUGAUGAUUUUAUUUUGUAUACGCUGUUAUCCGCGGCACGAGACGUGUUGGGAUAUGGUAUAACCGCAUACGCAUCAGAUGAGUAUCUGAAAAUAUCUGAGAGGACGGGUCGAGAGUGUACAUAUUUAUUUUGUGAGUAUGUCAUAGAGCUUUACCGUGAUAUAUACUUGCGGCAUCCGACUAAAAGGGAUGUCGAACAGUUGUAUGUCGCACAUCAAGCGAAACAUGGUUUUCCAGGGAUGCUUGGUAGCAUUGAUUGUACACAUUGGGAGUGGGAAAAUUGUCCCAACGCGUGGCGUGGCCAGUUCACGCGAGGUGAUCAUGAGGUGCCGACUGUUAUUUUGGAGGCGGUGGUUUCAAAUGACCUAUGGUUUUGGCAUGCAUUCUUUGGUAUGGCCGGGUCAAACAAUGACUUGAAUGUGCUCCAAGCGUCUCCGAUAUUUAACGAUAUUUUACAGGGCAAAGCACCAGAAAUGCCAUAUGUUGUCAAUGGAAAUGAAUACAAGUAUGGGUAUUACCUAGGUGAUGGGAUAUAUCCAGAAUACACUACAUUUGUCAAGUCAUACACUUUUCCAGCCGACAAUAAACGGAAAAUGUUCAAGUUAGCACAAGAAUCUACAAGGAAGGAUGUAGAACGGGCGUUUGGAAUCCUCAAACAAAAGUGGCACAUAAUCAAACAUCUGGCACGAACAUGA